AAUCACCACCCAUGCCUUCACCGCCGUGAUUCCCCGCCCACCAUGUCGACCGACGCUCCACAUCCUGCUCCGGGUCCCUCAAAAAAAACCCCUGCAGAACUUGCUGCCUCCAUCAACCCUUCACCCAGGCGCCGUCUCGCCAUCAUCCUCUCCUUUCCGUUGCUCAUACUUCUCGCAGUGCCAUUCUGGUGGUAUACCACCUCCAUUGAGAGACUACCACUUCCAGAGGGUAGGAUAUCUGCUUUGGAGGAUGCAAACUACACAAUUCCUCGUGCACAUAUCCUGUUCACAGCCGACUCGAGCGCCUUCCCCACUCCUCCGCCUGGAAAAAGACGGUUCGAUACCAAAGAUAUCUUACGAAGCUUAGGGAAAGAAGUGACGAAAGGUGUGGACGGAAUCUACGCCAAGCAGAGGCCGAGCGAAAGAGAUGUACGCCGGUGGGAUCUCGUGUACGAGGGAGACGAUGAGGCCACAGGGACAAAUUUGAGGGUUCACAUACGAAGAUGGGAGUAUGCCAACUCCUCUUUCCCGUUAGAGCCGUAUGUGCAGCUUCCAGAGACCGGACUUAUGACAUCGGGCAUCCCUGCUGGAACUUUGGUUGUCCCAGUGCAUCCUGAUCAGGUUGGUGAUCGUAAUCUCAAAUUACAUUAUAAGAUUGCUUUGAUCAACGCCAUUCUCUCCGUUUACCCUCCCCGCCCUCCUGAAAUACCCCUUCGAGCCCUCAAAUAUACGCCUAACGUGACGCUAAGCUUCGUAUUGCUCAAUGAAGAUGCGAGUCAAGGUGAUUAUGUGCACAGCUGGGACAUUGAAGGCGCAAUCAGGGACCAUUUUCUACCACACUUAGAACCUCUCCGACCUAUUUUCAACUGUACCAUUGAAUCUCAAAUUCUCUACCACGCGCCCUUGAGCUUUGAACCGUCAUAUUCCGAGAUUCCCGGUAUUGAGAGGGGUAAGGCAGUCGAGGCGGCUGUCGACAUGAUUAACUCUUUACCCGAUCACGAUCAGAAGAUCAGCAUGGAGGCCGCUGUAAAAGGCAUGGAAGAUGAGCAAGGUAACGGGGCCUGGAUGGUCGAUAGAGAACAGAUGACGAUAUUCGUCAACUCGGAGAAAUGGUCACUCGACUCUGGAAGCACAAACAAUCCGGUCUUAAGAUUUUUAAUAUAUGUUCCUUCAAUAAGGCAUCGACCCAUGCGUCUUAUCACUGGAGACUCUGCCCAAGCAUUCCUUCUUCCUCAGUUCGGCGGAGUAGUCAUUCUCAAUCCUCCUCCCCCAUCUUUUCAGUCCCAUUCGUAUCAUUUAUCCAGUACAGCGUUGACGCCUGCUUUUCAUCUCUUCACUCAGCAUCUUUACUCGCUCCUCGCUCUGCCUUCACUGCCGUAUAAACCCAAUAAGCUUCAUGUCCCACCUCCUUCAUCUCCGUUGCAUAAGCCGUCAAGCUUGAUGCAGCCCUUGACACCAUGGCAGGUGCAUCAAGUGCUGCUUGCUAGGCUUGAAGAAAAUUUUCAAGAGGGAAAGAAAACGUUGAAGGGUAUUGUGAGAUUAGUGAAAAAAAUUGGGGAAAUGAAAGUAGGAGAAGGUGUAAGGGAUACAGUGCUGGGAGCAGUAAUCAGACUGGAGAGGGUACAGCAAUCUGCCAAUUCAACCGCGCUGCAGGCUUUCAUCUUGGCACGGGAUGCUGUUGAACUCGCCAAUAAAGCAUUUUUCGAUCCUUCCAUGAUGGGCCUUCUUUACUUCCCCGACGAGCAUAAGUUUGCAGUGUAUACACCUCUGUUCGCACCUGUCGCCGUUCCCCUGAUCAUAGGGCUGCUGAAAGAACUUGUAUCUCGGAGGAAAAGAGGAAAAGCGGCUGAGCACACAGGAAAGCCCCCGGAUGUUCAAGUCAUGUUGGAUGAGAUACAGAAGGGUGCUGUAGACGGAACGACGACAAGCCAAAUGGAGGUAGAGGAGGGGGAGAAGACAGUGCAGCCACAUGGUGGCAGUUUACCGGACAACUCUCCUUUGCGUACGCUAAGCUCAAGGGCGAUACACGAAUGAGAUGAUAAAUGAAUACUGUAGUACCCUUAUGUGUGACAAAUACCUUGAUAGAGCUGUUUAGUCCUAGAUAAAGACAGAGUGCGAAAAGACUGUAAAAUGGUUGGCGGAUGCUGGAGAGUUUUCAAGGAUAAGAUGAUAGAACGGUGUAUGA